ACUAUAAGUAGCGACAAUUUUGAGGAAAAGUCAGAGUGUGUGGGUUGACUGGCUAUGAGAUUUAUUGGAUCAAAGCUUACAAGGGUAGAGUGACAAAGUGAGUUAGCUUCCUCGAGGCAAAAGGGGCUCCGUUGCGUAUUGAAGACAGCGCAGAACAUUCUCCACGAGCACGCAACGAUUACACCUGUUCUCCCCUUUAAAAGCCAGGGCGCGUAGCUUGGACGAAUUCCCUGCACAGGAGCUGGCUUUUCCUGAGGAGGUAAGCAAAAGGACAAAUCCCCCGUCGACAUUUACAAAGGACGCGAACACACUAAGGAAACUGAAACCUUUUGAGUUUCGACAAAAUGAAUUUAUCAUCGACUCAUGCGCCUUCGACUGUCGCCAACUGCUCGGGGAUUCAGAGCCGUUUUGAUGGCCGUAGUUCUGUGGCCAUCAAGUCUACUGUGCUGUGCAUGAUUUUUAUUACUGCGCUGAUGGGAAACAUUAUCCUCAUCACAGUCAUCAUGAAGACUAAAUCUCUGCGGCGGACAAUGAACUAUUUUCUCGUUAAUCGUGCUGUUGCCGAUAUAAUAAUGCCUGCGUUUUAUGUUCCCCGCGAGUUAUUUCCUAUAAUAAGCGGCUCUCAUGAAUGGCAAAUAAGCGGAGAGUUUGGUGCAGCCAUGUGCAAACUUUUACCCUUCAUUAUCGAUACAGCAUCUGUAGUAUCUAUACUUAGCAUGAUCUGUAUUACUAUCGAUCGCUUUUGUGCGGUUGUGUUGCCGAUGAAGAGAGAUCUCAUAACUGGUAAGACGCGUACGGCGACCAUCAUUCUUACCUGGUUUCUUGGUAUCUUGUACACGGCUCCGUGGUUUUACGUCGCUAAAAUCCGCACGGUUGGGUUGGCCCGCUACUGCGUCGUCAGUUGGGAGCCUGCUUUCGACCACUUUAAAUCCAUGACAAUUCAAGUCGUCCUCUUGGUCGUAAUCUUUGGUAUUUUCCCUUGGAUUCUGGUCUGUGUAUUGUAUACUAUGAUGGUCUUAGGUGUGGAGAAGUCCAAGAAGGCUGCAGGUGAUCGUAGACGCUCUUCGGAGGCCCCGUGUAGGCAAUCGCGACGCAGUUCUAACGACGCGCGGGUGAUGCGGCUAGCGCUUACCGUCGUGGCGGUGCUAGCGAUUUGCAACUUUCCCCACUGCACGAUGCUGAUGGUUGUGGCUUUCGCUUGGCGAUGGGUGGUUAACUGCACUACCAAGCCUGCGUACUGGGAUAUCUUGUUCGCAACGGCUAAGUACCUAGUACUUGCCAACACUGCGAUUAACCCUCUGAUUUGCUUUGUGUUCGGAGAGAACUUCCGCAAGGGCUUGAAAACCCUGCUAGUGCGACCCAAAACAAGAUUAAUGUCUCUGCUUGGUCAGAGCAAAACAUCGAAUACAACAGUCCAUAUAAACGCGCUAUCAUCACUUGUGGAACGUCAGCCGGCCUCGCCAAGGGGUUCCUAUGGAUAAGUAAUAAAGUCAUAUAGGGAAAAAGAAAAUAGUCUAGUCGUGUCCACAGGACAGAGACGCAAAAGAAAAAUAUAAAAAAAACAUAACGAAUUAUUUAUAACCUUUGCCUUUUGGAAGAGAACAGCAAUCAAAUAUAGACCCAGUGAUUCGCGAACGAAAAACUAGAAACAACAUUUAUUGGAGACUCUAAGGAAACUUUAUUCUCAUCGUGAAAUUUUUACAUGUUGAAACGUUAGUGAUGUUUGAAUAUUCAGUAAUGAUUUGUUUAUUGAGAAGUCUGUUAUUGACUUCCAAAAAUUUGUAGCAUUUCAUUAAAACACAGUAUGGGUCAUAACUUAGUACAGAGAUUAAAGAUAUUCUAUAUCUUGUAUCACAAAUAUUUUUACAAAUACCUUCGUUAUAUUCCCAUGUCUCAUAGCCUGACAAUCCCUUAUCUUGCAAGCAAUCGAAAAUAAAAACCUUUUAGAUGCCCGGGGAAUAAGACAAACCUAAUCGAUCUAUGAGUAACGAGGAUAGUUUAUUCCAAGAAAGCCCUUAGGCGUUUAGUUUGUGGUAAGAAGUUAUGGCCGACUCAAUUCAUGGCUAUAUUAGUCAAGGAAACAAAAGUUCUAGUAAUAACACGGCAAUUUUUCAACAAAAUUAUUUUCAAUUUUUGCAUUGGGACGGAUACCAUGAUAAUCUCACCCCGACCACAAAAACAAAAAUAUCACGUUCACAAAUGAUCGAAUUUUGAUAUGAAACACUGUCUUUCUACUGAUAACGAAAGGAAACUCAUUAUAGCUGAGCUUUUAGAGUCCACGCAAUCAUUUUUCUUUGUCGUGAUAAAUGAUUGUUUUGUACACUGUUAAAAAACACUGUAAUGUUUUCAUUAGUACAAAAAAUAAGACUUUGUUCAGAUGGUGUUGCUCAUUUAAAAGUGAUAAUUUUCCCUAAAAUACUAAUCACCAGUGAAACCCCAGUAGCUUAGAAUCAGUUAUGGAUUAUUCAUAGUAAUAAAGCCAAGUACCAAACGU